UAACGUGAAAGUAUUUUUUCAAGCUAUUUCUUUAUAAUAGCAGUCUGGUGUGUGGUGACGGGGUGUAGGAGCCUAUCCCGCGCACUUCAGGAGUAAGGCAGUAAUCAGCAUUAGACGGGAUGUCAAAGCUGCCACAGGGAACUCUAAAGCCCACUCUUGUGCUGCGGGGAGUAAAAUUCACUCUUAAUACAGAGAUAUUGAAGGAAACUGAACUACAAAGGGAAAACCUACAAGGAUAGGGAGCACAUGUGGAAAAAAACUCGGAAACAAUAGUAAAGAUUCGAAUGCGAAACAGAAACAUUAUUUAGUAUUGCAGCACCUUAUAUUUCUUGUUCUAUCUAUCUAUCUAUCUAUCUAUCUAUCUAUCUAUCUAUCUAUCUAUCUAUCUAUCUAUCUAUCUACACAUGUAUUAUUCUGACAAAAUUAGCAUUCUCCAAAUUCAAAUGCGGGGCUAAAAUUGCCACUAUCAUAACUAUAAUUGUUUGGCUACGUGUCCAAGGAUACAUUUUAGAGAGUAUUUGUCAAUACAGAGUUUGUUAGUAAAUACCAUUUGUUGAUCAUUUCAAAAAAGAGUAUUUGACACCAUUCAAAAUAAUAAACACAGUACUGGAAUGGUAGUUAGCAUAUCAACCAAAGGAUUUCUAAUUGGAAAGGUAUUGUGUUUCAUGUAGACUUUACCUUGAGCAGGUGUGCAUCUAGAAAGAAAGAGUGUUUUACUUUAUAUAUAACAACAGAGUUCGAAAUAAAAGCUUGAGUGGACAUUUUAGUAUGAAAGGUAACACCACGACCAUUUAUUUAAUUAUGGAUCACGGAUAUCUGGAGGGGACUGCAGACACCAAAGUGGAAUCACGGUAAUCAGCCCUGGAAAGGGAGCCAGUCGCAAACACACUCACACUUGGCCUCUUCAGUCUUACCAUUUAACCUGACAUCAGGUAGUUAGACACACGUUAUCAUUCCACAGUGGCUGUGGCUGAUGAUAAGGGGGGUGUAUAAGAGGUGUGCCCAGAAGCGCAACACAGAGUGGGUGGAGUUACACAAGUAAAGACACGCCCAUUUGUCAGGCAAUGUCUAAGAAAAGCUACACAGUAAAUACAUAUAAUUUGUAUAUAUAUAUAUGGAAUACAAGUUAAGUGACUUAUUUAUAGUUUCAUAGUGGGCGGUGAGACUAUUAGUAACAUGAGAAACCCAGUAGUCUAGGGUCCUAGCCUCUACACUAUCCUGCAUACAAAACAUAACAACUGGAUGCUGUCAUUUUGAUUGACAUAUUCUUGACAAAUGAGCAGACUCCACAAAGCAGUUCCAAACUGAUUUCCAUAAAUGGACCCAAAUGAUAUAAAUCUAUUAAAAACAAUUGAACUAUAGCCAGUUGACAGUGUUGGAGAGGAAAACAAACACUCCAGUCAGCAGCAUCCCUGGAGAAAAUAAACCUCCAGAGGGUUCAUGGUCAGGUGUAACAGACAAAAUCAAAAAGAAAAUUAGGUACAACCAGAGUCCUGGAGACCUCUGGGGUAUAAGUCUGUGCUAGGCUAUCUAAUGUGACAACAGAAUCUUUUCAAUAUUUCCAAAUAAGGGUAUCAUAGCAAAAUGGCUAUGAUGCAUAACAAACACAAUAUAUAAAAACUCAAAAAUCUACAGUAAUAAAUCCAGUAAAUCACAGAAAAAUUGUAUCCUGUUUGGGGAGAUUCCUUCAUUGCGCCCAGUACGUCACAGGCUGUAGAAUCUGCCUCCUGAAUUAUUUUAAAUAGGUGUGAAAAUAGAUGACUGACUGUAGUGUGGUUCUGUGUGUGGUAUGAAGUUAAACAGUGCACUAGUGGACAGUCACAUUCUUUUAAUUACUUUAGAUCCAUUAAUUAUUACUUAUUUGCUACUAAAAUAAAUAAAUUAACUUCAAAUUAAUCUGCGCUGCAAAAGUAAAGUGGCCCAUUGGUUAGCAGUGUUUUGGGUUCAUAUCCUUGCCAGAUAUACUGACUGUAUGGAAUUUGCAUGUUCUACUUGUUCCUGUGUGGGUUUUCUCCAGAAACACUGCUUUUCUUCCCAAAUCUGAAACAAACGCAGAUCAAGUGAACUGGAAACUUUAAAUUGUUCAAUUACAUAAGUGAGCCUCUAUGUGCUGUGCAAUGGACAGGCAUCUAGAGAGACACCGUGACUCAUUUACACCGAGAGAUGGAUUAGAGCAAUUUCCCAACUCUGAGAUGAAUUAAACGGGUUCAGCAAUGGGUAGAUGGACCACUGCUAGAUAAGAAGUCCCUUUCAUUUCAAUUUCCAAAGGAUAUCUGUAUUUUGUUUAAUUUGUAGUGCCACUUUGCUUGUGUUGAGGCAGGCUCUAAUGUUUGAAAUAGAAAAAGGUGAGAAUUGAUGAAUUACUCCAUAUAGAAAUAUACAAAACUGAACCCAUUUGUUGAAUGAGAUCAAUAUAAACCUAAUAUAGAUUAAUUUGUUAUUACUGUUUUGUGAAAUGUAGUGAAUAAUAAUUUGAGUUACCAAACAUCAACUUAUACACAAUACUGUGAGUAUUGCUGUUCUUGUUUUGGCAGUGACUGGAUACAAUUAUUUUCAUGAGACAUAUUAUUUUUGCUCUGAUCCUUUCUAAUGAAAUGUGUAAUAUGUAAGAUUAGGUUGAUUUGGUUUGAAUAGUAUAUGCAUAUGUAGCAUUCAGUUACAUAUGAUGCCAGCAAUCUGGCCUUGAUAACUUACAUUUCAUUGACUAAUAUAAGAUUCUCAAGCCCACCUUAUCCAAUUCAGGGUUGUGGGAGCAGGAGCAUUUCUCAGUGACACUGGGUGCAGUUCAGGAACUGACCCAAGAUAAGAAGUGAAGUCCAAAAAGCCAAGUUUAAUGUUAUAGCAUGACUUCCUCACUUUUUUUGGCAUAUAUGCUUUUAAAAAUAUUAUUCUACUUUAAAUUAUUUCCUUUAAUAUGCACCAGUGCCUGCUUAUGUCAACACAGUAAGUAUGGCAGCUCUCUACUGUAAACUACUGUUGAAUAGUGCUGACCAUUAGUGGCAAAGACUGCUUAUUUAGUAGUUCUGCAGUCAUAUGCUACUACUCAUCCAUUUUCAAUCACACCUAAACCACUAAAGGGUCAUAAGGGUUGUUCUUGCAGCAUCCAAAACCACUAAGGCUAAUAGUCCUGGACAACUUUAUAGACAGUACAUCACUGGGCACACAUAUACACCCACACACCUAUUCAGACCAGGCCAUCUUAGAGUUGGAAAUUAGCCUAAAAUGCAAAUUUUUGAAGUGUAGGUGGAAGUUGAAUAACCUCAGAAAAAUAUACAUGGAACACCUCAACUCCAUACAAAUAACGACUAGGUUGGUAAUCUAAUCAGGACUGUAGGUUUCAAAGUAGAGUAUGACUCUGUAAAUACAGGAUGGCACAGGGAAUUGGGAAAUUUUUUAAUUGACAUUCAAUACACGAAUAAACACAUUACAAAAUACAUCUAAUGAUGAAAUGUAUUGGACAGGAUAUGUAAUUAAUGAUAGUAAUCAAUAUUCAUUCAACAUUCAUUUCACGUUUUGAAGAAAACAUCAUGAAGGUGUUGUCCAUUUCUCCGUACACAUCCUGACAGCCUGUUCUGCAUUGCUCAACAUAACAUGUCAAGAGGAAUGUCAGUGAUUUCCUCUUCAAUCCUCCUUUUUAGUUCAGCAAUGGUUGCAGGACGUGUGCAGUACACUUGGAUUUUGAAAUGUCCCCACAGAAAAAAAUUGCAAACAGUGAAAUGUGGAGAUCUCGGAGGCCAGGGAAUGAAAUAACGUGCCUUCCAAACAAUCGUCCAAUAGCCGUUGGGCAGUAUGAGAAGUGGCUCCACUUGGGAACUUCUUUUUUAAGGCUGAAACUUUCUACCAAGUUACAUAAGCAUGUUGUAAUCACACGAGCAGACAGGACAGAAUCACAACAUCCUAACUGGUAAAGAUGCCAAAAUUCCCUUAGCGCCACAGUCAGGCUGUCACCAUUCUUAAAAAAGGCUUUCACAGCAAACGCUUGUUGCGCACCACUUCACUACUCCUUUAUAGCUAAUGGCAAGGGGGUCUAAAUAAGGUCACAUUGGUCCCAAACAACUGCUGACGCCCCAGAGUUGCCAACACCUAGUUCCAAAAUUUCCUGUUUACCUGCACCACCCUGUAUUACAACGAAUGCAGAUUGUUAUGGCUUCUUUGAUCAAAUGUAACUGUAAUUAAUCACUAGUCAAGUAUUUUACACAUUAUACCUGGUGGUCCUUCUUAAAUCUCUUUGUAGCUUCUCCCUUUUCUAAGGGUCAUUUGUACUAUCCUGUGUGGUCACAUUUACAUAGGUCACAUAUGGUAUCCUGUGAGAAAUUUCCUCCAUUUCUAAGGGUCAGUUGCACUGCUGCUCUCAUUUCAGUGGGUCAUUUUUGCUAAUGUUUGAGUUGUUUUCCAUUUUUUGUCAUUGUACUGUCAGAACCGCAAUAUGAAUUCCUUGUGAUGGCUAUCUGAAAAGCUUACAGCAAGAUGAAAGCGAUUGGCCGAGCAGCUCUGUUCUUACACUGGAGGUUCCUGGCACUCCUGUGUUUGUACCUGAAGGACAUCCCAAUAAGCAGUGCUUGCCCCAAAUCCUGUGCCUGCUAUGCAGAGAAGGAAGUUCACUGUACUUUCAGGUACUUUACCUCUGUGCCUCAAGGGAUUCAGCCAACUGUGGAGAGGAUUAAUUUAGGGUAUAACAGUUUAAGUAAAAUUAAAGAAAAUGAGUUUUCUGGAUUACGUUACCUGGAAUUGUUAAUGUUGCACAGCAAUGCAAUUGAAACGAUUGAGGACAAGGCGUUCAGCGAUUUGCAGUCUUUACAGGUGUUGAAGAUGAGCUACAACAAAGUGCGAGAACUUAAUAAGAACACAUUUUAUGGUCUUAAAAACAUAGUCCGUCUUCACAUGGAUCACAACAAAAUUGAAUUCAUUAACCCUGAAACAUUUUAUGGAUUAAUGGAGCUAAAGCUUGUUCAUUUAGAAGGAAACAUGAUUCAGCAGCUUCAUCCAGAUACAUUCGUUACUAUGCGUUACAUGCAGAAUUUUAAAGCAUCAUCCAUUAAAAAUAUUUACCUUUCUGACAAUAAUUUGAGAGACUUACCUUCAGAAAUCUUUGCUCCCACUUCUCAGCUGGAAAGCAUCUAUCUUCAUGGAAAUCCUUGGUCUUGUGAUUGUACAAUGGAAUGGUUUGUGAAAUGGAUUGCAGAAAAUGAAGGAAUACUAAAAUGCAAAAGGGACAGAAAAUAUGCCAAUGGACAACUGUGUCCUAUGUGUGAAACACCUCAUACAUCUAAAAACAAAGAUGUCACACAACUUGCUUUACCAGAAUUAGCUUGUUUCAAGCCAAGGAUUUAUGAUCACCUUAAGCAAAAGAAUAUUACCGUGGAUGAAGGAGACUUCAGUCCAGUCUCUUCUAAGAAUUUCAUUGCACCUAUUGGAUCGAUGGUCCUAAAUAUGACAGAUCAGUCAGAAAUUGAUGCAAGUGUGGCCUGCAGUGUACAAAGGCCACAUGCCAUAAACGGUGUCACAGUACAAGAGAACAAUGGAGUUACCGUGCUAAGUGCAUCAUUAUCAACAUAUUUAGUCUGUAAUAUUGAUUAUGAACAUAUACAGCAACUUUGGAAAAUACUUGCUACUUACAGUGAUGUACCCAUGAAACUGGAAAGAGGUUUAUUAUUAACAAAAACCCCAUACUUAUCUUAUAAAUAUAAACAAAAGGAAAAUGAUGAAGAUGUCUACAGUGGUAUAGAAGCUGAGGUCAGGGCUGAUCCUGCUUGGUUGAUGCAAGAAGAGUUCACUUUGCAGCUAGACAGAGCAACAACAACAUUCACAACACUGAAUAUUAAAUAUCUAUCUGACAUUCGCAUAAGUGUUGAUGUUAGUAUGCAGAAGUCUCUAAAGUAUACUUGGACACUUAUCCAAAGAGAUAAUACUACGAAAACCGAACAUACGGCUCUAAUUGGUGGCACGGUAGAAUUGAAUUGUCAAGCAUUUGGAGACCCCAGUCCUGCAAUUGAGUGGAUUUUUCCAGAUGGUAGUAAAGUUCGAGCCCCAUACACCAGUGAAGACAGAAGGAUUUUAAUCUCUCCUUCUGGUAAAUUUACAUUAAGAGGAGCAGAUAUUCCUGAUGCAGGUCUCUAUCGCUGUAUAGCAACCAAUUACCUUGAUGCAGAUGUACUUGCCUUUAGGAUUACAGUUUUAAACCCAGAUGUUGAGGAUUCAGAAAUCAAUGGAAUUCAUCUAUCAAAAGUAAUUGGUGAUACUUUAAUCCUUGCUUGUGGAUCUGUAGCAAACCCUGAAGCAACUUUUAACUGGGUGCUACCAGAUCAAACAGUGCUUGAUAAGUCACAAGGGAAUAAGAUUCUUUACCAAAAUGGUACACUGGGCAUCCAGGGGCUGACUGAGAGAGACCGUGGAUUUUACAGAUGUCUUGCUGCAAAUCAUUAUGGAGCUGACAUUUUAACUUCACAGGUAUUGUUGGAUAGUACUGCCAUAAAUAACACACCUUCACAAGCAGUUGUUAAGCAUCUCUUGGAAGAAGAUGAAGCAUCAGGAGAUGAGGAGGAACCCACCCUGCAAGUUUCUAAAACAGAUUUUAAGGAGCUUGUGCCAGUUGUCUCCAAUAAGCACAGACAAGAGUCAAGGACAAUAACUACAAAUAAAUCAUAUCCUACAAAAACUAGAGGUUUUAAAGGUUCAUCUCACAGGACAAAUGGCAUUGCAAGUAAUAGAAGGCUUGGAGGAAACAGACGAAAUGAGCAAUUCUCACAGAAAAUAGAUACUCAACGCAGGGCAGAAUUCUUGCACAAGAUAAGAAAGAAUAAUCAUUCUCGGAAUAAAAUGUCAAAAGUUGCAAACAAAAUUCAAGCACAAAAUCUAUCAAACCUUUCAGAAGAUGAUAAUGAACAUUCAGGGGAAUUGUUGACAGAGGAUGAACUUUUGAUAAUGACAACAACCACGGCCAGCAAUGUUUUAACCUCGACCAGAAGUACUGAUUUAACAACAGGGACAACCAUAAGGUAUGUAGAAAAUAAAAAUUUAAUUACAACUGCCACACCAUUGGAAACAGAAAGCAAAACCUUAAGAGCUCAAAGAAAUGUGUCAAAGACAGAUAUAUAUGUUACAGAAUCACCCUUAAGCCAACCAUAUACAGUGCUUCCUGAAAUAGUAGCUGAGUCAAGUUCUGAGAUACAGUUAACAUUUUCAGGAGAAGUUGAUGAUAAUCUUAAGGAUGUCACCACUAUUCCUUCAUUACCUUCCACUGCAAGACCUGACAGCACUUUACCAAAGACUGACUCUCUGCCAGAAAUUGUAAAUCAGGAAAAGACAGACUCCACUCAGCAGCCAUUAGUCUCAACAAUCUCAACUACUGAGGGAGACAAAGACGAGAUAACUUUUCAUACAACACAGAAGAUUACCUCACCUCGACUUCCUUCAGGGUCUACUAUUAUUUCUCAUCAACAAAUUCAGAUAAUUAGAGGUGAUACGUCACAGCAAACUGCAAAUAAGUCUCGUCAAGGCAAAAAAAGAAAAUUGACAGGCAGGAGAAGAAUUAUUAGACCCAACAGAAUUCCAGAUAUACAAGAAUUUUUAUAUAAAAUUGUCAAACCUAACAAAAGUCCAACAACUCAGGAAAAUGAGAAUGUGACAAAGUCAGCAUCCAUAGAAAUUACUACAAAAUGUGAGUGUCAUUUGACUGAUGUGCCCUUGGAGGCUUCUGAACCAGAGACCAGGUAUAAUGCUACUAAAACAAAGGGAAAAGAGAAGGACAGCAUUAUUACAGGUUCAAUAAAUGAAACGAAUGAACACUCCAGUAAUUUAGCAAGCCAGUCCUCUGUGCAAGACCAGAUUCCACCGAAGACCACCACUUCAUUAAAGGUGGGUAAUGAUAUUACUUUUACAGAAGAACUGCAAACAUCUUUAAUUAAAACUACAACAUCAAGUUCUCCUGUAACAACAAGAUCUAAAAUCAGUAUUCAAAGUUCCCUUACUACACCUACUCUUGUAAAACCAACUCAAACUAAAGAAAGCCUAGGGGGAGUGACCAGUAAAGCCAAAGCUGAGACAUCAACAACAAGUACCACUAAAACGACUACAACCUCCAAGGUUAUCCAUGGUAAAAUUCCGUGGCACAAACUUUUUGGAAAUAAGCAUACUCAAAAGGAACUGCUGAAAAGGCUCAAAAAGCCAAUCAUUCCACUCCUUCCUCCUAAACCUACACCAUCUAAAACUACCACUACAUUGAUGAUGACACCGAGGCCUACUACUGCUAUUGCAACUAUUGCUGCUACAACUAUUCUUCCAUCUAAUAAAGAAUUUGCAUCCCCUUUGGUAACACCCAUUGAAAUUACAACUCAGACAGGCAUUGUUCAUUUUUCAAGUGCCUCAAUAGAUUUUUCCUCAGGGUCAUCAUUCACCACUGAAGUUCCAUCACUAGUAAAUGUUUUAUCAUCUCCCUCAAGUACUUUGGCAACAGUAAUUGACAGGAGUCCUGAAGUGCUUUCUUCAGCAAAGGUUCUUGAAUCAUUUACAACUGAGGGUCCAUCAGUUACCAAAGUGCUAGCAUUGCCCUUCACAAGUAAACCAACAUUGACAGAAGGAACAGCAGAUAUGGAAACUUCAGCUUUGCCAGAUGAACUUGCUUCUGGCUCUUGGUCAACCACUUUGCAGUCUUCAGUCAAAGAUAUUUUUACCUCUGCAAUCUCUGUUCCUUCAAAUAGUGUUGUGACUACAUCUCAGAUAGCCAGCACUAUGCCAGAAACUACAAUGACAACAUCUACCACCACCACCACAACCGUAAAGCCGCUAGUAUCUUUUAGAAGAAAUGGGUUCAGGCGCAGACGUCCAAGUAAAAAAAUCACAACCACACAAAGUACAAUGUCUGCACCUGCAGAGAAAACUGUUCACAAUACCACAGACAAUGGAAUAACAAGUCAGCCUGCAUUUCUGACAACCAGACCUCACAUUUUAGCAGCACCCAUUCGUACAGUCUCCACAAUAAUAUUUCAACAAGGGACACCAGGCGUUAAAAUAAAUACAGGAGCUCCAGUUGUGAAGAUUCCAGCAAAAGAAAUAAGUACUAAAACACCUUCUGAAACAAGCAAGGAGGAUAAUAGGAGAAAAGACAUCAUUACUACUACUGCGAGAACAAACCUAUGGACAUCCAGAUCUCCAGCUACAACUCUCAGACCUCCCAAAGUGCAGUUAGAGCCCAUCAUGCCAAUAAAGAAAUCUCCAGUUACUUUUACACCUAAAAUUACUCUCAAGGAUAAAAUGACUUUGAAACUGACGUCAACCACAAGCAGUUACAUUUCCUCCAGCACUGAUGUUCUCAAAAAAUCAAACAUCAGCUCCAGAAAUAAUUCUAGAAGUACAAUAAAUCUUGUCCAGACAGUUUUACCAAUUCCACCUACAAAAUCAACAAGGUCUGUAGUUCCACGUGUUAAUGUUUAUAAUAGCAAACAAAAUGAAUAUUUUACUACUACUGAAACUGACAGAAAACUUCUUGAUGGGAGUGGAAGUUAUUUGACAAAGCCAGAUAUAGAUGAUCCUACAGUUUCACCAUCAAGAACCACAUCAAAAGCAAAGGAAAACUCUCUUUGGCAAAGUCAGUCCUGGCAGGAACUCUACCCUGAAGCUACAGAUCAAGUAAACACUUUAACAAUGAAUGCCUUAACAGUAUUACAAGAGCCAGAAAAGGGUCACACAAAGCCUCCAGCUAUCUAUAACAAUGACAUGGAAAAUGCUAUAAGUAAUGGGUACGGAAGAUCGACAUUCACAACUUCUAAAAUCGUUAAUUUUGAACCUUGGACAGAAGAAUUACCUUCAAAACCUAAAAUAGUUGGAGGAAAUGCAGCCAGCUAUACAGUUCUUUCUAACUCUGAUGCAUUUUUACCCUGUGAAGCUUCUGGAAAUCCUCUACCAGUAAUAAGCUGGACCAAAGUGUCGACAGGAACUACAGUAACAAUGAAGGCCAAGAGAGGUAACAAAUUUGAACUUUUCAAAAAUGGCACACUGUCCAUCCAAAAUGUGCACAUGCAGGACCGUGGACAGUACCUUUGCAUCGCAGAAAACCAGCAUGGGUUAGACAAGCUUGUUGUCACGUUGUCUGUAGUGGCUUAUCCUUCCAGAAUCCUCGAGCCAAAACUAAGGGAUAUCAAAUCACAUUCAGGAAACACCAUAGAAAUGAGUUGCAAAGCAGAAGGAAGGCCAACUCCUAUUAUUUCUUGGAUCCUUGCUAACAGGACUCUUGUUCGAGUGUCCAGUGGCAGAGUAUCAAUGGGUUCAGAUGGAGCUCUAACAAUUAAAGAUGUGACACUAUAUGACCGAGGCCAUUAUAAAUGCAUAGCUAGCAAUCCAGCCGGAGCAGAUACAGUGACUGUCAGACUGCAAGUGGUAGCCGCUCCACCGGUUAUCUUAGAAGAAAAGAGGCAGUAUGUGAAGGCUGAAAUAGGACAAAAUUUGAAACUGCCUUGUACGGCCAAAGGGGACCCCCAACCAACUGUACACUGGGUUUUGUUUGAUGCAACUGAAGCCAGACCUUUACAGUACAUCAACGAAAAGUUGUUUGUAUUUUCAAAUGGAACACUUUAUAUCAAAAAUACAGCUAUUUCUGAUAGUGGAAACUAUGAAUGUAUUGCUACAAGCACAACAGGAUCAGAAAGGCGCGUAGUAAAUAUGAUUGUGGAAGCCAAAGAUGCAGUGCCGAGAAUUGUAACAAUGUCAGACAGAAGAACCAGCUUAAACUAUGGAGACAGGUUAUUGCUAAACUGCUCUGCUGUUGGAGAGCCCAAACCUCGGAUCAUUUGGAGACUGCCGUCAAAGGCUGUCGUAGACCAGUGGCACAGGAUGGGGAACAGAAUUCUUGUGCUGCCUAAUGGAACUUUAAUUAUUGAUGUUGUCAGUGAGAAAGAUGCUGGAGACUACCUUUGUGUUGCCAGAAACAAAAUUGGAGAUGACCUGUUGCUAAUGAAAGUCAUUGUUACUAUGAAACCAGCAAAAAUAGAAUAUAAACAGUAUGUCCAAAAACAGGUGCCUUUUGGCAAAGACCUUAAAGUUGACUGCAGAGCUUCAGGAGCACCUGAGCCAGAAAUCACCUGGGGGUUACCUGAUGGUACAGUGGUCAACAGUGUGCUGCAGGCUGAUGACAGUGGUAGAAGAAGUCGUAGAUAUGUCCUCUUUGACAACGGAACACUUUACUUGAACAAGGUAGGGAUGACAGAAGAGGGAGACUACACUUGUUAUGCUGAAAAUACACUUGGAAAAGAUGAAAUGACAGUUCACAUCACAGUUGUGACUGCAGCUCCUCGCAUCCGAAGGCCUUCUGCCAUGUUUCUGAAACUCAAAGCUGGUGGCAAUGUGACGGUUGAGUGUGAAGCAAUUGGGGAACCAAAGCCUAAAAUCAUGUGGCUCCUCCCUUCUAAUGAUAUGAUUGCAGCUUCAAGUGACAGAUAUUUGGUGCACGUGAAUGGAUCACUAACCAUCAAGAAUGUGAAACUGUCAGAUUCUGGUGAAUAUGUGUGCAUUGCACGCAACAGUGCUGGAGAUGACACCAAGGUAUUCAAGCUAGUCGUCGAUGGCAAUCCUCCCAUUAUAAAUGGAAAAUAUAGAAACAAAACUAUUGUUCAAGAUAAUGCUGUAAAACAUUCAAGGAAGCUUAUUGACUGCAAAGCUGAAGGUUCACCUCCUCCCCAAAUUAUGUGGAUUAUGCCAGACAAUGUUUAUUUAACUGCCCCAUACUAUGGUAGUCGAGUUGUAGUACACAAGAAUGGAACAUUUGAAAUUCGCAAUGUGAGAGCCACAGAUUCAGGAGAAUUCGUCUGUGUGGCACGGAAUGAUGGUGGCGAGACUGUCAUGGUGGUUCAGCUAGAAGUAAUUAAUGUGUUGAGAAGACCAAUGUUCAAGAACCCAUUUAAUGAAAAAAUUUUAACUAGUAUUGGAAAGACCACCAUCUUGAAUUGCUCCGUGACUGGUUACCCACCACCUGAGAUUAUCUGGCUCUUACCCAAUGGGACAAGGUUUACCAACACUCAAAGGAUGUCCCGAUAUCACAUGGGGAGUGAUGGCACACUAAUCAUAUACAGUUCCAACAAGGAUGAUGCUGGCAAGUACCGAUGUGCAGCCCGAAACAAAGUGGGUUAUAUUGAAAAACUGAUCAUUCUAGAGGUGGGCCAGAAACCUUACAUUCUUACUCAACCAAAAGGACUAAUUAGAAGUAUUAGUGGGGAGACACUUUUCCUUCACUGUCUUUCUGACGGCAUCCCUAAACCCAUUGUUACCUGGUCAGUCCCUGGUGGUUAUGUAUUGUCAAGACCCCAGGUAAAUGGGAAAUAUAUCCUUUAUGACAAUGGAACUCUUAUUGUUCGAGAAACUAGCAUUCAUGACAGAGGGAAUUAUCUUUGCAGAGCACAGAAUGAAGGUGGAGAAGCUUCAAUAACAGUGCCUGUGAUAAUCAUUGCAUAUCCUCCACGUAUCACUCAUGGUCCGCCUCAAAGUGUCCGCACAAGGGUGGGGUCAUCUGUUCAUCUUAACUGCAUAGCCAUUGGCAUACCAAAACCUGAAAUCUCUUGGGAAUUGCCUGAUCAUUCUGUGCUGUCAACAGCUGGCAAGGGCCGACCCAUUGGUAGUGAACUUCUUCACCCACAGGGAACAUUGGUAAUACAGAAAUUGUCCAUUUUGGACUCUGGCACAUAUAAGUGCUUUGCCAAGAAUCACCUUGGCAGUGACUCAAGAAUAACACAUAUACAAGUUGGUUAAUGACUAUGUCAUCUGAAAUUGGAAUUCAUUAAAAACAAGUGCAUGUUUUCAAAAAUGAAUAUGAAUGUGGCAUUUACUCACCAUUUUUUACAAUUACUGUACAUUUGGACUGUAUAUAUUCAAUAAUGUCUUCCUUCAUAAGCAGUAGUAGACAUAACAGGGAUCCCUUCUUGGAAAAUUACACAGCAGCCGGGAAACGAACACUGCUUUCUUAGUGGGUGAG